CGUUUAAAUUUUGAGGUUAUGUCAUGUGUUGUUGCUGUUGUCCCGGAGUGUUUUACUGAGUUUUAUGAAAUGUUAAUUUAAUAUCAGCAAAAUGGGUGUUAAAACGUUCAGUGACCAUAAUGCCGAACCCAAAUAUAACUUUCAUAGAAAGGCUGGCAGAAGUAUAAUUGAACGCCGUCCUCUUUUCUCACCGGAUGGAGAGUCUUUAGCAAUCAUAGUAGAAAAUAUAGUACGGGUGUACAACAUCCAAACCGGAGACAUUGUGCGAACACUUGAAACAGAAACUUCUGUAAAUGAAUUAGUAGGAAUUCAAUUCCCAGCAGAUGAAGACUAUAAUUUAUACUCGUGCUCGGAUUGCGGCUGUGUCACCACCUGGACGUGGGAGAAUGGAGCAGUGCUCAGGGAAACUAAACUAGAGCUUCCUAGUGGAACUAAAGUACUUACAUUUGACUUGUUAGAUAGCAAAGAAUGCUUCAUCACUGCUAUUGGUGGUUCAUAUAGAAAACUUCUUUACCUUGGAACAUACUCCGUGAAGACUGGCGAACUUAUUCAUGAAUAUAAAGAGACAAAAGCUAAUUACAAUGACAUACUCAGGGUUUCUCUGGGCUGGUGCCAAGGAGACCGGUUUGCAGCGAUUGCUAAUGGGACUAAAUGUCUGUUCAUACAAAAUCUCAGCCAGCCUCACAUUCAUUCAGAAAUAUUGAAUCACAACAAAUUCAGAAUAUUAGCAGUGGCAGCUCAUAGCUCGGAGAAUGCUGUUGCCAUAGUGGACACAAUUGGUAGAGUCACAGUCAUUCGAGGCAAUUUGUAUGAUCACACGAAAAUUGCAAGAGAAGUAAUGCACUGGCACUUCUUGCCUCCACUGGCAGUGUGUUUCUCCAAACAAGGAUCUUAUCUCUAUACAGGUGGAAUGGAAAAAGUACUUGUUAAAUGGACAAUUGGAAAUUUGAUAAAUAAAGCCAAUGAGAAAAUGUUCAUUCCUCGAUUGCCAGGGAUGGUGAGAUACAUAGCUGUAAAUGACACUCAUGCAGCCAUUACUCUCACAAAUAAUUCUGUGGUAAUAGCAAGCGUACAAAUGCGCGUAGUGUCGACAAUCUUAGAAUGCGGCGGGCUGUCACCAUUUGCACGAGCCAUAGGCACAUCCCUAUUGUACCACAGAUCUCUAGGCGCCCUACUGAUGGGAGGUCGCACUGGCCACUUGCAACUUUUGUCCACGACUACUGACAAAGUCCUGUAUAAUGUAGACAUAACAAUGAUGAAUAGCAUACCACCAGCGAGGCGAAACCUACUGCCUCUUGAGACAGAAGUGACUUGCGCAGCCAUAAGCGGUGACGGAAAGUGGCUGGUCACCUCCGAAUAUAGGAACGACGGCCUCAUGUACCCAGAAGAGAUGUUGAAAUUCUGGCACAUCCAAAAAAACAAUCCUACUUCACCAUUCAGACUGAAUACAUGCGUCAAUCUAUCCCAUGGCGGCUGCAAUGUGGUUGCGUUAGCUCUUAACAAAAGUGGGGAUUUUUGUAUAUCAGCUGGCACUGAUCAGAAAUUCCGCAUAUGGAAAAAAGAAACUCAAGGGAAGGCUUCGUGGAGCUGCCAAACCGCUUGUUACUAUUCGUCCGGUAUCGCUCAGUUCCUCGCGAGUAAUGUUCUCAACAGUUUCAAAAAUGGAGAAGAAUACACCCCGGGCGAAAUUGUACAGUUCCCUUAUCUAACGGAAAAUUCUAAAAACGAUGUAAUAAAGAAACUUUACAAUAUGCACAAAGAGCAGUCUUUGUUUGACGCGGAACUGUUCGAUUCCAACAUGAAGAAGAAUGGAGAUUUCGAUAUGGGAGGCGUAGCGAUUUCUCAAGAUGGGUCGUUAAUUGCGGCGUGGUUUGGGUGCAAGUUGACUCUGUGGGACACACACCUUUGUAGUUUGCGAACUACUUUGUCUCAUCCUGCGCUUCGGCCGAAAGGCGUUCACGUGCUAUUUGGAAACCAAGACGCAGCCCAUUAUUUGGUGUGCACAACUGAAAAGUGCCUAGCUGUAUGGAGUUUACUUUCUUUAACUGUGAAAUGGUUGGUUCAACUGAACCCUACAUAUCUUGCUGCAGAUCCAUUCUCCAACAAAAUGGCAAUAACAACGUCCAGUAACGACAUUUACGUAUUCACACCACACAAUUCUAAGCCGAUUCUAACAAGAAAAAGCUUGUUAAAUCCGAAAACCGGUGUGUUCAAGUUGUGUACAUUCGGAGCUACAUCAAUUCAUAACAUUACACUUUAUGUUAUGAGAAAUGACUCUGAAGUGUACUGCCUAGAGCCUGAGGACAAAGAAGAGAGCCGUCUCGAAGUGAUGACGCGCCGCAGCCUACCCGCAUCUACCUUCAGCACGCUGCUGGCCGAACAACAGCUGUCCGACGUGCGAGCGGCCGCGCCCGUCGACUCGCAGCCCUUGGAUCUUAACACAGGACACGAAGCCCUGUCCCAGCUUCUGAUAGCAUCACCGCACAUGUGCCCACCAGUAAGUUUACUAUGCACAUCGUUCUUACAAAGCCUUUCCGGCCAAGAACAACCAGAGGAAUCUACGGAGGAUCAAGACGAGAAAAUGGACGUGGAGUCAAACUCGAGUGACGACGAAGACGCGCCCAAACUUAACGGACCAUACGCCCCUAAAGUCACGCAGUUGUGGACACCAAAUUAUGAGGGUGUGAAAGAGAAGAGACUAAAAAAAAUCGUGAAAGAACCAUUUUUAGAUUUACACACGACAGAGGCCAUGUUCGGCGUUUAAUGUAAGUGACUUUAUUUUAAUAAAUAUGUUAAUAUUUUA